AUGAGUCAAGACCUCCCAACUUACGAUGGCGAUCAGGCUACGAAUCAAGCAGGUUACGAUAUCAAGUCUUGCAUCUAUGAGAGGUUCAUCGAUUAUGUUUUUGGGGCUGGCUGGAACAUUACUCGCCACGAUCAGCCCCAGAAGUUGGUUCAUAAUGGGCUGCGCUUACGCCUCCCGGAUGAUAAUAACGCUGGCGAUGAGUUUUUCGUCUCAGUAGCUGCCAAGCUAGCAUCUGAUUUUCGAACGAGGCUGAUGAUUCUCGAUUACCAAGAUAUUCAGGACCUAGCAGAGCACAUUGUAGGGCCUCGGGAAAUCUUCGCGUACGACGAUGUACAGCGCUACAUGGCUACCUAUUUUUCAGCAGUGGACGAUGCACGAACUGAGAAAUGGAUGCCGGACGACACCAUGAGAACAUGGACUUCUAUGGCAUCAUUUACGAGCGAUUUCAACUCGGGGAUACCCGGAAAGACAUAUGACUCUGCAGAUCUUUUUCGAGGCAUGCUCAACAAUAUAGGAAACGGGUCCGCCGUCAUCGUGAUUCUACGGUCACGGGAGUUUGGGCGGUUCUGGAAGCCUGUUUGUAAAUCGUUGAAAACAGCCAUUUCUACAUCUGGCCUGCAAGAACGGGUGCUCGUCAUUGCAACCGACAACACCACUUGUGCUGAGGGACUGGAAUCCGGGCCGUGUGGCUGGUAUCUUAACACCCGCCCAGCCUCAAGAAGACUUGAUAUUUUCCCACAAAGAACCAAAUCUCAAGAAGCACUUUUCAAAAAGGCAAAAGAAACACAGCUAGAAGAGGCAAACAAGAGGGUGCUACAACAGGCUAUCAGGAGACUUCAUCCACUGUCUGCACAAAUGCUAACUCAACCAUAUGCUGAAUGGCCGAUCCCAGAUUCUGCGACGGGGUUGAAGCUGUUGUUGGGAGGCAAAAGACUCGGUUGGCGUGAAGCUCGGGGAUUUGCGGAGCGUAUGCUGGGACCAUCCUCCUUGACUAUGGACAUCUUAGUCUCUAUUGCAAAUCGCUACCUGGACGAAGACAAGGCGACGCAAAACUGGGGGCACACGCCAGACACCUGUUUCACGGAAACUCCGAAUGAAAAUGGAGCUCAACAAUCUGGUUCUUGGCUUGGAAGCCUCCUAGGCAUAAACUCCGGCAAGAGCUCCAAUAAGGAUGGAAUAAACACAUUGGAAACUCUAGUGGAUAAAUCUACACUUGAUGCAGACUGGUCGCAUAUUGAGGUCGAUCCCGCUGUCAAAUCCCAGGUCGAGCGCAUGAUUUUACUCCUGGAGCGGCGCAGCCAACUUUCAGGCAUUCUCAAGCGCGAAGCAGGUGGUGCUCUCAUCUAUGGGCCCCCGGGAACUGGCAAAACCCAUCUCGCCAGGAUAAUCGCAAAGGAGACCUCAUCGACCAUGAUCCGUGUAACCCCUGCCGAUAUCAACAACAAAUGGAGUGGGGUGGCGGAGAACAAUGUCAAGGAUCUCUUCAAGUUCGCUCGCUCGCGCUCCCCUGCUGUUGUGCUUUUUGACGAUGCAGACGGCCUGUUUCGGCAGAGAGGCGGUAAAGAAGACAGCGCUCCUUGGAGACAAGAUGUCACCAACGCAUUCUUGAAUGAAGUUGGCGGGUUCGCCAAUGACCCCAAAAGUCCCCUCCUUGUACUGGCGACCAACUUUCCCAACAGUGUCGAUACUGCCGUGCUUCGGCGAGUGCCGAAUAAGAUAUUCAUCGGAUUUCCUACGCGAAGCGGACGGCAGAAUAUUUUCCGAAUAUGCCUACGGGAAGAGAAACUGGCCAGAGACGUGGAGCUCGAGGCCCUUGCGGCUCUCUCAUCCCGAUUCACAGGCUCAGAUAUUGAGUUCGUCUGCCAUCAGGCGGCUUCUGCCGCGCUAGAAGAUAUCGUCCGAAGCUCUGCGCCGAUCGAGAUGCCUGUCUGCCUCGAAAUGAAACACUUCAUCCGUGCCAUGGAGGUGGCCAGCCCGUCAUCUGAUAUGGCCAUGAUGAAAGAUAUGAAGUUUUUUGCCUCGCAAUUCGAUCAACCGUCCCUAGCCAGAAUGAACAAAUCUGUGGAGGAGUAA